CCUAACCUUUGUUUAAUCAAGAAUGUUCAAGAAAAAAAUGAAGCAGUUUCUUAUUUUCUUCACUCUCCGUCUUCAGGAUUAAAUUCCAAAGUCGUGAUCUCAUCAUCUUCGUUGAGUUUGUGGUUCGCUAGGGUUUUUAAUUCGAAGAAGAUGGAUCGGAUCAGCGGUCUACCAGAUGAACUUAUCAUGCUAAUCGUGAGUUUUCUUGCUGCAAAGGAUGCUGCGUCUUUGAUUACCUCAAGGAGGUUUAGGAAUCUCUAUACCAUCAUACCAGAUCUUGAGUUCGAUGACACAGCUCAGUUUCAGGGGAGGUUCACGGAUCUUGUGAGUAGAGAAAUGGCUGCUCGGCUGAAAACUACUACGCGCAUAAGGAGAUUCUCUUUGAAAUCUAAAAGGGGUAUUGAUCCAGAUCGUAUCAACCCCUGGCUACGUGAUGUGUUGAAUCAUCGUGGUGUCAUGGAUAUUAAGAUGGGCAUAUAUGGUGAUAAUGGGUAUACGUUGCCUUUGGAGAUCUUCACUUGCAAGACACUCAAGAACCUGAAACUUGGGAGGGAAAUUGAGAUCAGUCUUGUCCCUGAGAAUGCUUUGUUACCAAGCCUUGAGACUCUCGUUUUAGAUGACUGCGUUAGGUUCUGUAAUCCUGUUGAUUGUGCGUUCAAGGCGUUUCUUUCGGCUUGCCCUGUGCUUAAGGAGCUAACCAUUGAUGGUAUGUGCUGGGAAACUUGGGAAUGGUCAGGGAUCGUGUCUAGUCAAAGUCUUCAAAGACUUACAAUUGGUCGUGAGCUUGUAGAUUUUGAAGGGCCUAAUCCACAGUACAUUACUUUUGAUACCCCAAGUCUUGCCUACUUAGAGUACGGUGAUUUUGUCCCGGAUGGGUAUACAACUGUUAGUUUCGAGUCCCUUGUGGAAGCUAAGCUCAAUCUUCUUGUGGUGGUAAAUCGCCGAUGGCAUGGUCGGUUUGCAAAUGAUGGUGAUGUCUUGUCUAGCGAUGCAACAAACCUGAUUCAAGGGAUAAGAAAUGUUCAGAUCCUGGAAUUAUCAUCUCCUUAUACUUUUGAGACGCUUUACUUCUUCCGUGAAGCAAUUCCAGUAUUAGAGAAGCUACAUCAUCUAACUAUGAUAAAUGAUGAUAUGGGUUUCUGUUGGAGGUUUCUUCCCUUUUUGCUAAACAAGGCUCCGAAUUUGAAGACCCUUGGUAUCGAGGGUGGAGUGCACUGUCUUGAACCUGACGAUGCUGAAGAAGAAGCUGACAAUGUUGAUGAAGAACCUGACUAUGUGUGCGAGUGUUUGUCGGGAUAUUCUUGUCUAUUGACAUGUUCAGUAGAGGUCUUGGAGAUAACUUUAUGGUAUGGCGGGACGACUGGUGAGUUGCAGCAAGCAAAACAUUUCUUAGGAAAGUUGCCACGUCUGGAGCUGCUGAAAGUUCGUACUUGGAGAAGAAUAAGCGAUAGUGACAAGUUAAGAAUCCACACGGAUCUUCAUAUGUUUCCGAGAGCUUCAUCCAACUGCAGGGUCCAGCUCAGUUUUGUUUGAAAAACAAACGUUGGUCCUCCCUAGUUGCUUAAGUCUGUUGGAACAUGAAUCGGUUUUUGUGCACAUUCUUGGUCACUUUUAUCUCCCUGUGAUCUUUUAUUAACUGGAUUCUCCUAGUUAUAUUCAGUCUGAUUCUAUCUAGUUUCUAGGCAUGAUAUAUGAUGUGUAACUCAGUGUGCUUCGAUGGGCUCUUAGUUUAUGUCUCAGAUGAUCAAAUUGAUUUUUUUUUUU